UGGGACAAUAGUGAGUGGUGCACACUUCCUUCGCCCGGCCACAGAAGACAAAAAAGAGUUGCUGGUGUAACAAUAGGAAGAAUAUAUUCCACUCCUCUCUUGUACACGCGGCUUAUGAGAUGAACGCUCGUCAAGAAGAACGUCCCCUUCAGCAGCAGGAGGAUCCACAGCCCCCCCACAUUAAAGAGGAAGAGGAGGAAGUGUGGAUCAGUCAGGAGGGAGAGUGUCCUGUAGGGCAGGAGGAGGCUGAUGUCAGCAAGUUUCCACUGACUGUUGUCUCUGUGAAGACUGAAGAGCAUGAAGACAAACCACCUGAGUCCUCACAGCUUCAUCACAGUCCAAACGUCCAGCAGGUGUCAGCAGAGAGUCAUGAAGAGAUUCCCUCCAAGCAGCAGGAGUGGAGCUCCAGUGUGGGACAGAAGGAGCUACAGGCCCCCUCCCACAUUAAAGAGGAAGAGGAGGAACUGUGGAAGCAGCUUCAAAUGUUGGUGGAGGAUAAUGAUGAAGCUGAAGCUCAGUCCUCACAGCUUCAUCACAGUCAAAGUGAGGAGAACAGAGGGGCGGAGCUUGUAAGUCAACACAUCACAGAAGCUGAUGGAGAGCAUUGUGAAGAUAUAAAGUCGGAACCAGACAGCAUCUUUGCUCCACUGUCAGACAUGGACCACAUGAUGUCAGACUCUUCUGAUCACAGUGACCACAUCCAAGAACCUUUGGAGAGUAAAAAUGACUCUAAAGGUGAUACGAGACAUCACACUAACAACAAACACUUUGACUGCUCUGAAUGUGGGAAAUCAUUUAGACUGAAGAGUGAUUUUACAAGACACAUGAGAAUACAUACUGGAGAGAAACCUUUUACUUGCUCUGUUUGUAAGAAAAGUUUCUCCACAAAGCAACACAUGACCACACACAUGAGAACACACACUGGAGAGAAACUUUUUACUUGCUCUGUUUGUAAGAAGAGUUUCUCCGUUAAGCCUGCCAUGACCAGACACAUGAGAACACACACUGGAGAGAAACUUUUUACUUGCUCUCUUUGUAAGAAGAAUUUCUCCAGAAAGUCUAACAUGACCGAACACAUGAGAACACAUACUGGAGAGAAACCUUUUACUUGCUCUGUUUGUAAGAAGCGUUUCUCCACAAAGCAGCAUAUGAUCACACACAUGCAAACACAUACUGGAGAGAAACCUUUUACUUGCUCUGUUUGUAAUAAGUGUUUUUCCAGAAACCCUGACAUCUCCAUACACAUGAGAACACACACUGGAGAGAAACCUUUUACUUGCUCUGUUUGUCAGAAGAGUUUCUCUACAAAGUCUAACAUGACCUCACACAUGAGAACACAUACUGGAGAGAAACCUUUUACUUGCUCUGUUUGUAAGAAGACUUUCUCCACAAAGCCUAAGAUGUCCGCACACAUGAGAACACAUACUGGCGAGAAACCUUUUACUUGCUCUGUUUGUAAGAAGACUUUCUCCACAAAGCCUAAGAUGUCCGCACACAUGAGAACACAUACUGGCGAGAAACCUUUUACUUGCUCUGUUUGUAAGAAGCAUUUCUCCACAAAGCUUGUCAUGACCAGACACAUGAGAACACACACUGGAGAGAAACCUUUUACUUGCUCUGUUUGUAAGAAGUGUUUCUCCAAAAAGCCUGACAUCUCCAUACACAUGAGAACACACACUGGAGAGAAACCUUUUACUUGUUCUGUUUGUAAGAAGAGUUUCUCCACAAAGCCUAAGAUGCCCGCACACAUGAGAACACAUACUGGCGAGAAACCUUUUACUUGCCCUGUUUGUAAGAAGCAUUUCUCCACAAAGCUUGUCAUGACCAGACACAUGAGAACACACACUGGAGAGAAACCAUUUAGUUGCACUGUGUGUGAUAAGAUGUUCCGGCAUAAGUGUCAGGUCAGUAAACACAAGUGUGUAACAGUCAUGGAAGCUUGUGAUUGUGUGAAAAUGUGCGAAAGAACGAUAGCAAAGUAUGAGGAGGAACUUUGUCGUACAAAAGAGGAGAAGGAGCGACAACAUCAACUACUGGACGCUGUUUUCAAGAAACAUCAAGUUGUGUUACACAGAACAGACGUCCAGAAGCCCCCUCACAUUAAAGAGGAAGGGGAGGAUCCACAGCCCCCCCACAUUAAAGAGGAAGAAGAGGAUCCACAGCCCCCACACAUUAAAGAGGAAGAGGAGGAAGUGUGGAUCAGUCAGGAGGGAGAGUGUCCUGUAGGGCAGGAGGAGGCUGAUGUCAGCAAGUUUCCACUGACUGUUGUCUCUGUGAAGACUGAAGAGCAUGAAGACAAACCACCUGAGUCCUCACAGCUUCAUCACAGUCCAAACGUCCAGCAGGUGUCAGCAGAGAGUCAUGAAGAGAUUCCCUCCAAGCAGCAGGAGUGGAGCUCCAGUGUGGGACAGAAGAAGCUCGAGCCCACUCAUAUAGAGGAAGAAGAGGAACUGUGGGAGCAGCUUCCAAGGUUGGAGGAGGUUAAUGACGAAGAUGAUAUAAAGUCAGAACCAGAUAGCAUCUUUGCUCCACUGUCAGACAUGGACCACAUGAUGUCAGACUCUUCUGAUCACAGUGACCACAUCCAAAAACCUUUGAAGAGUAAAAAUGACUCUGAAGGUGAUACGAGACAUCAAAAUAACAGCAAACACUUUGACUGCUCUGAAUGUGAAAAAUCUUUUAGACAUAAGAGUAAUUUUACAGUACACAUGAGAACACAUACUGGAGAGAAACCUUAUACUUGCCCUGUUUGUAAGAAGAGUUUCUCCAGAAAGCAAUACAUGACCACACACAUGACAAUACAUACUGGAGAGAAACCUUUUACUUGCUCUGUUUGUAAGAAGAGUUUCCCCAGAAAGAAUGACAUGACCACACACAUGAGAACACAUACUGGAGAGAAACGUUUUGCUUGCUCAAUUUGUGCUAAAAGAUUCAACGCUAAGAGUAUCAUGACAUUACACAUGAAAAUACACACAGGUGAGAAACCUUUCACUUGCUCUGUCUGUAAGAAGAGCUUCAUCAGAAAGCAUCACAUGAACACACACAUGAGAACACACACUGGAGAGAAACCUUUUACUUGCUCUGUCUGUAAGAAGAGUUUCUCCAUGAAGCCUGACAUGACCACACACAUGAGAAUACAUACUGGAGAAAAACCUUUUACUUGCUCUGUUUGUAAGAAGAGUUUCUCCACAAAGCGUAACAUGACCACACACAUGAGAACACACACUGGAGAGAAACCUUUUAUUUGCUCUGUUUGUAAGAAGAGUUUCUCCAGAUGGCAACACAUGACCACACACAUGAGGACACACACUGGUGAGAAACCUUUUCCUUGCUCUGUUUGUAAGAAGAGUUUCUCCAUGAAGCCUGACAUGACCACACACAUGAGAAUACAUACUGGAGAGAAACCUUUUACUUGCCCUGUUUGUAAGAAGAGUUUCUCCAGAAAGCAAUGUGUGACCAAACACAUGAGAACACACAAUGGAGAGAAACCGUUUGUGUGAUAAAACAAUCAGGUUUAAGUAUCAGGUCAGUAAACACAAGUGUGUAACAGUCAUGGAAGCUGCAGGGAUGUAAAAACACUCAAACGGUGAUUGUGCUAAAUGUACUUUAAAAACACAGGAUGAUUAAUAUGAA